AUGGGCACAGCCAAGGUUCUCCACAAUCGUCCUGGCCAACUGCAUCUGCCUCCCAAGAGCAGUCACGACCAAGGCGAAAUCUUCAGCUACUCAGGAGUUUCCUGGACAUUCUCCGGCAACCCAGAUGUUAUCCGUGACGUCAGAGGCUGGCCCUCUAUCGAUCCGAGCUUGCGAGAUGAGGUCCAAAUCCCCACUCAAGUCGACCUUGGGACGGGCGAUUGGGGUUAUAAGAUUCCCAGAAAUCACGAUCCAAUUCGCUGGUUCAAGCUGCUGCUCCUCAACGACCAAGACGCCAAAGAGGAUGUUCGCAACUCGCAGUAUCUGGGACGGGCGCGCCAACAACUGGAGAGGCUUCCAGAGUACGCCGGAGACGGUGUGGUUGACCUUAUCGCGAAAUUUCUCAAGAACAUGUGGGAUCAUGCGUUGCAAGACAUCGAACGCGAGAUGGGUAAUAUUGACACGUUGCCUUUGAAGGUUGCUGUGACUGUGCCUGCCAUCUGGCCGGUAUAUGCGCGAGAAAAACUGAAGGAGGCGGCUAGAAGAGCGGGCAUUAAUGCGAGAAGGAGAAUCGGCGAAACGAAGCUCAUAUUGGUUGAAGAGCCAGAAGCGGCAGCCUUGUCGACAUUAUAUGAGCAAAGGGAUCAUCCUAACAUUAAUGUCGGAGAGACCUUCAUCGUCUGCGAUUGUGGAGGUGGCACGGUGGACAUCAUUAGCUAUGAGGUCACUUCGACCGACCCUUUCCAGGUCAAAGAAGCUGUCAAAGGAGACGGCAAACUUUGUGGCGCUUUCCUCGUUGACAGCGCAUUCGAGGAUUGGAUGAAGAUAAAAUCCGGCCUGAAAUUUGGGAAGGUCGAGGCCAAUGAGUUUCGCUUGUUCAUGAAUGAUGAGUGGGAGCACACUAUGAAGCGAACCUUUAGUGGCAGAGAGACUCAAGAAACAUUCGUGAUCAGGCCUCCAGCCAGGGUGUUUUCGAUGAUCAAGAAGUUCAAAGGAACGACGGACAGGUUUCCUAUCCACAAGGACACUGUCGAGGUUUUCUUCCACAAGACCUUCACGGGCAUUCGGACUCUCAUUAGUGAGCAGAUAUCCAUGAUCCGGGAGAAGUAUGGGGGUGGCCCAAAGAAUAUUCUUCUGGUUGGCGGCCUUGGUGGUUCGCCAUACCUAUACAAUCAGCUCAAUGGACUGCAUCGGAACGUACUACAGCCAGUACGAGCAUGGUCGGCUGUAGCAAGAGGAGCUGUGAUCGCUGUUUUGAAGGGAACAUCCGACGCCAUCCCAACACUGCCUUCUGUCGUCUCGCGAGUAGCUAGGUUCAGCUAUGGCGUCGAGCUCGGCUGCCCCGUUGACGCAGUGAAUCCACCUCUCGACCGGUCAAUAGACCGAUGUUAUACGAAUCCUGAUGGCAGGGAAAUGGUCCAUAGGAUGUUCUGGUAUCUCAAACAGAACGAGCCGGUGGAUAACCGGGAGCCGGUAGAAUAUGAGUUCUACAAGUACAUCCGAACCCCGGACAACCUGAGGAACGUGGAACUAUACAUAAUGACGAGCGAUGCUGAGACCCCCCCUGUGAGGAGAGAUCACACGGGCUCUGUCCAACAUCUGUGCACCAUCAAUUAUGAUAUCCACGUUCCUUGGACCGAGUUGCCACAAAUGAGGGAUGCGAUGGGCAACGUCCACCGCCGCAUGAACAACUUGCGGUUGAUGAUGAAAUUUGAGGGCGAGCCCAAAUGGUCGCUAAGAGUCGGCAAUGAUACGAUCGAGCGAGAGGUUAACGUGCAGUACCGGGGAUGA